AUGACUCAGGAUCCUCUUCUUAUUUUCCAUCUUUCAAGAGACCAGAAGCCAAAAUUCAUAAAAAGACAAGACUCGUAUCAAACUGAUGAAGUUUUCUUUUCAAAACUUAAAACAAAAGCACAAAAUGCGGCAAAUGUUCUAAAUAUUCACCCUGACGUGGCUCUUGCAUGCUUACAAUAUGCGAAUUGGAAUGAAGAUAAUCUGAUACUAGAGUUUUCAGAAAAUAGACAAAAGUUUUUAGAAAAAAUCGGAAUCACAGAAGAACAAAGUCAUCAAAACUUAGGAUUACACAAAAGUACAAACAAAGGCAGAACAACAUGUAAUGUUUGUUCAUCCGAAGUAAUAGGUAAAAACAUGUUUUCGCUUGCUUGUGAACAUUAUUUUUGCAAGAAAUGCUGGAAAGCACACAUUGAAACACAGAUGAACAGCGGCAAUCUCUUCAUACAUUGCAUGGAACCCGGUUGUAGAUGUCCACUCUUAAUUACAGAUGUUUUGUUCAUUUGUGGCGAGAAGACAGCCAAAAAGCUUGAAGAACGUAUCUCAUCACUCUCCGCAAGUAUGUCUAAGACAGUCCGUCGUUGUAUCAAUCCUAAAUGCAAUCUUUUAGUCAGUAUGUCCCACAUUUUCAAAGGAAAGAUGGCCGUUUGUAGUUGUGGCUACUACACAUGUUUCGAGUGUGGUAAAGAAGGUCAUUCUCCUCUUCCCUGCAAGUACGUUGAUGAAUGGUUAUCGAAGAAAGACAGAUUAGCAGAAAACUUGAUAAUUAAACGAUCAACGAAACCAUGUCCUGUUUGUGGAGUUCGUAUUGAGAAGAAUGGUGGCUGUAUACACAUGCACUGCUCAAACUGCGACAGUGAUUUCUGUUGGCAAUGCGGCAAACUAUGGGGUGAUCACGAAGGAAAUCCAUAUGAUUGCAUGGACACAUGGGAAAGUAACAAGAAAACUAAGAAUAAUACUAUUGGCGAAGAAGAACUUAAAGAGUCGGAAGAGGCGUUUAUUGCUACUCUUCAAGAUAUAGAUGUUGAUCGUUUACUUCAUGAUGCAUCUAAAGAGAAUCUAGAGAAUGUUUUUAGUAAUGAAUCAAUAGAUCAAAACACAGCAAAAGCUCAGAUCAAAGAAAUUCUUGAUUUGAUCAUUGAAUCGAGAACAGUUUUAGCAUGGUCACAUGCAUAUUCAACAGUUAUCACUGACAAUGGAAUACUGAGAAUAGUAAACAUGUGGAAAAACGAAAUCAAUGUUAAUUUGUCUAAGUUGACAUCAAUUAUUGACCACAAACAUCCAAAGAUACAAAUUCUAACAAAGGUCGUUAAAGAUCUCAAACUUUCUGUCGAUUCUAUGCUUAGACAAGCAGAUUGUCUUUAA